AUGGCUUCACUUCGAACUCCUCUGCGCACAUCUGGUUCGCUGCUCUGUCGGGCAUGCAAACGUCCUGCUCUCAGCGCCACUCCCACAACAUGGUCGCGAACAUUGUCGACCGAUGGCCAACAAAAGCUACUGGGCGCCAACUUGGAGGAAGCUGAUCCAACUGUAUUCGAGAUCAUUCGCAAAGAGAAAAGAAGACAGAAGCACUUUAUCAAUCUUAUCCCGUCAGAAAAUUUCACUAGCCAGGCAGUCCUGGAUGCGCUAGGGAGUGUUAUGCAAAACAAGUAUUCCGAAGGAUACCCUGGCGCGAGAUACUACGGCGGUAAUGAGCACAUUGAUGAGGCGGAAAGAUUGUGUCAGAAGCGAGCUCUGGAUACCUUUGGUUUGAAAGAGUCGGAAUGGGGUGUAAAUGUACAGCCUCUCUCGGGAUCACCUGCGAAUCUCUACGCCUACUCAGCUCUACUCAACACCCACGAUCGACUCAUGGGCCUUGACCUCCCGCACGGCGGUCAUCUCUCACAUGGCUACCAAAUCCCAACAAAGAAGAUUUCGGCGAUUUCGAAAUACUUUGAGACAUUCCCAUAUCGACUUGACGAAAAGACCGGCCUCAUUGACUACGACAGGCUCGAGGAGCAGGCUCUUCUCUACCGACCCAAGAUCAUCAUUGCCGGAACCAGCGCCUAUUCCCGAUUAAUCGAUUACGAGCGCUUCCGUAAGAUUGUUGACAAGGUUGGCAAUUGUUAUCUGCUCAGUGAUAUGGCGCAUAUUUCUGGUCUUGUAGCUGGCGGUGUCAUUCCCUCACCAUUCGAAUAUUCAGACGUCGUCACAACGACCACGCACAAGAGUCUACGAGGACCUCGCGGUGCCAUGAUCUUCUACCGCAAAGGCACUCGCCGCGUCGACAAGAAGGGAGUGGAGGAGAAAUACGAUCUUGAGAACCCGAUCAAUGCUUCCGUCUUCCCAGGUCAUCAGGGUGGCCCGCACAACCACACCAUCACCGCGCUCGCCGUUGCUCUCCACCAAGCACAGCAGCCCGAGUUCAAAGAAUACCAGCGUGCCGUCCUCGAAAACGCCAAAGCACUCGCUGCACGGCUGGGCUCUUCUGAUGCGCAUGGCCACGGCUACAACAUCGUGAGCGGCGGCACCGACAACCACUUAGUGCUAAUUGACCUGAAGGACAAGGGCAUUGACGGUGCGCGUGUUGAGCGCAUCCUCGAGCUCGUGGGCGUUGCAGCCAACAAGAACACCGUGCCCGGCGACAAAUCCGCCAUGAAGCCCGGGGGUGUCCGAAUGGGUACCCCGGCCAUGACAACCCGCGGUUUCCAGCCCGCCGACUUCCAGCGCGUCGCCGACAUCGUCCACCAGGCUGUGGUCAUUUCCAAAGACCUCGACGCCAAGGCCCAGGCUGCUGCCACUGAGAGCGGACGCAAGAAUCCCACUAGUGUAGGUGCGUUCCGCGAAUUCGUCGGCGAGGGUGAAUCCAUUGUUGAGAUUGCCGAAUUGCGUCGCGAGGUGGAGAGCUGGGUCGGAACUUUUGCUCUGCCGUGGGACAAGUCGUCAUCGUAG